AUGGGCAACACGCUAUCGGCAUACGGCCAGACCUCCCACGAGGUUGACCUGGGUCCCAAGGGAAAGAUCCAAGGAAUUCAAUACGACAAUAAAGCUCGACGGUAUGCAGGCAUCCCCUACGCGUUACCCCCAGUCGGCCCACAUCGCUGGCGAAAGCCUCGCCCAUUGCCAGCGGCGUACAGCUACUCUCAGCCAGAUGGAACAGCAUUCGACGGAUCCACCUUCCGUCCAGUCUGUCCCCAAGAAGCAUUUGCAGGCGGGGCAGAGAAAGACAUAGGUCCAGAUACGUACAGCGAAGACUGUCUAUUACUCAACAUUUGGACCCCUGUCGAGGAUCCUGAGAACCCUGACAAGAAAUGGCCAGUCGUGCUUUGGUUGCAUGGAGGCUGGUUUCAGUUGGGCGAACCCCUCCAAGAAGUGGGUAUGGACCCCACGGAGAUGAUCUCCACCGGGAAACUGAACGCCAUUGUGAUUGGAAUCGGCUACCGUCUCAACAUCUUUGGUUUUCUGGCUGGGGAAGCGCUAUUGGAAGAUAGCCAUGGAGAAAGUGCCGGUAAUUUCGGUCUGUGGGACCAGCGGUUGGCUAUGGAAUGGAUUUACGAGAAUAUUGCGGCCUUUAACGGUGAUGUGAACAACAUUACCUUGGGUGGAAGGAGUGCUGGUGCAUAUGGUGUGCAUGCGCAAGUACUCCAUGAAUUCCAGGUCGGAUCGCAGCGCCAGCUCUUUCACCGAUUUUAUAUGUACUCGAAUGCCAUUCCGGCACAACCCAAGGCACUUGCAGAUGUUAAUCCUCAAUUUGAGGAGCUCUGUGGCUACUUCAAUGUCCCGACUGAUCUAUCCGGUCCUCAGAAAGUUGAUAAACUUCGUGAAAUCGGUCACGAGGACCUGGUCGCAGCCAUAAAACACCUCAAGAAUCACACCUUCCGCCCUGUGACCGAUGAACUGUUCGUUUUCCCCGGCUUCACUGAAUACCACCGAAGUGGUGCAUUCGCUGAGCAAUUCCGGAAACGACGUCUCCGCGUCCUCAUUGGAGAAGUCCUCAAUGAAGAAACACUCUAUGCGACGUAUAACAGCCCCGAACCUAAUCUCGAUUCUCUGCGUUUGCAGUUAUCGAACUACUAUGCCCCCGGAACCACCGAUCGCAUUCUGAAAUCAUACACCUUACCUUCAACUACUGACGCAGAAGAAUGGAAGAAUGUCUACGGAAAUAUCAUUGCAGAUGGCCAAGUCCGAGCACCGUCUCGCUGGCUGGUCAAUUCACUGUUCAGCCAUGGGAUUCCUCUACGGGAUAUCUGGCGGUACCGGAUUGCAUACAGGUUAUCCUUUAUCACGGAUAAGGUUGCGCCACGGGCCUUUGGUGUAUCUCAUGCCAUGGAUAAGCCAUUCUGGAACUUUUCCAUCCUUCAUGGUCCGACGAAUGAGGAGAGAGAACUCAUGGAAGGAUGGAUUCAAUCAUUUGUGGCAUUUGUCAAUGAUGAUUCGGAGUACGAUUUCGGUACCAAUGAGAUUGACGAGAUGAAAGUCGCUACUUCUGGGGGCAAGAUUGAGAUUCAAGAAGACCAGCGAUGGGGCGAGCUAGUUAAGCUGGGAGAGAUCUUUGCCAGUGAUGCUUAA